AUGAAUUCCAGGCUUUCCUCCUCGACUCCUUUUCUUCUUCUUCUUCAAUUUUCUUUGCUGUUAUUUAGCAUCAAGUUUCCUCCAUGUUGGAGCUUGGAUUCGUUCAGUAGCUGCAGCAAACCAUUCAAUUGCGGGAAUAUCACGAACAUUGACUACCCUUUCUGGGGAGAUGAUAGGGUGGAAGCUUGUGGGCAUCCUGAUCUACACCUCAAGUGCGACGAAAACAAAACUACCACCAUUAAGAUCAAAGAUGUGGUGUACGAGGUAUUAAAAAUAGACCAAAACACCCAGAUUCUCCAAAUCAAAAGGGAUGAUUUCUUCGAGAGUAAAGGAUUAUGUUCACCAAAAUACCCAAAUACCACCUUCGAUUCCCAGCUAUUUGAAUAUGCUCCAGGGUUUGCAGAAAUUACAAUAAACUAUGAUUGUCCUGCCCUUAAAGGAGUGCCAGGUUAUUUCUCGUGCCCUGAUUGGUCCACUUAUAAGGAUGUCUUCAUACAAGUUGCAUCUGAAACUCAUCCGGGAUGCAGUUCGAACCUCCAAGUUGGGAUUGGUGUGAAUUAUUUUGGAGAUUUUUGGAGUAUGGAAGAGGCACUGAUCAGAGAAGGAUUUGGAGUGAAAUAUAAGGUGGAUACUUUGUUAUGUAAGGAGGGCUGCACCGGAUCCGGAGGAGUUUGUGUUCAUGACGUGGAUUCCAACAAGCCUACUUGCCACUGCCCAGAUGGAAAUUCUCGGGAGAGCCCAUGUCCUCCCCAACGACCACCCUCAGCCCAACUUAAAGGUACCAACCCAACCCAGCUGCUUUAA